CAUACUGGAGUGAAACCAUGCAAAUGCAGCGUGUGUGGGAAAGUCUUCCUCCGUCAUUCAUUCCUGGACAGGCACAUGAGAGCUCAUGCUGGACACACAAGAUCCGAGUGUGGUGGGGAAUGGGGAGAGAAGCCCCGUAAACAGAAACAACGUGGGAAAGCCUCCGUCUCUCCCAGUAGUGGUGCACAGCGCACAGUAACACCAACUCAAAAGAGACCUUAUGAAUGCAGGGUAUGCGGGAAAGCCUUUAAUUCUCCUGAUUUAUUUCAAAUCCAUCAAAGAACUCACACUGGAAAGAGGUCCUAUAAAUGCAGGGAAAUAGUGAGAGCCUUCACCGUUUCCAGUUUCUUUCGAAAACAUGGCAAAAUGCAUACUGGAGCAAAACGCUAUGAAUGUAAAUACUGUGGAAAACCUAUCGAUUAUCCCAGUUUAUUUCAAAUUCAUGUUAGAACUCACACUGGAGAAAAACCUUACAAAUGUAAACAAUGUGGUAAAGCCUUCAUUUCCGCAGGUUACCUUCGGACACAUGAAAUCAGAUCGCACGCGCUGGAGAAACCCCACCAAUGUCAGGAAUGUGGGAAAAAAUUCAGUUGCUCCAGUUCCCUUCACAGACAUAAAAGAACCCAUGGUGGAGGGAAACUCUACAAAUGUCAGAAAUGUGCCAAAGUCUUUAGAUGCCCCACAUCCCUUCGAGAACAUGAAAGGGCGCACACUGGAGAAAGACCUUAUGAAUGUAAUAAAUGUGGUAAAACCUUCAAUUAUCCCAGUUGUUUUCGAAGACAUAAAAAAACUCAUAGUGGAGAAAAGCCAUAUGAAUGUAAAAGGUGUGGUAAAGCCUUUGGGUCGUGCAGUUCCCUACGAAGACAUGAAAUGAUUCACACUGGAGAAAAGCCCUUUGACUGUAAACAGUGUGGUAAAGUCUUUACUUUUUCAAAUUACCUUAGGCUUCAUGAAAGAACUCAUUUGGCUGGGCACAGGCCGUGCUUUGGCAGGAGGUAGGUGGAUCACCUGAGCCCAGGAGUUUGAGACCUCAGAUAUCCCAGUUCUAUUCAGAUAUCCCAGUUCUAUUCAGAGCCAUAAAAGGACUAAUACUGGAGAAAAAUUGUAGAAAUAUACAGAAUAUGGGGAAACUCUCAUCGCUAUCAUCUCCAUUCAAAGACACAUGUCAGUGCACAGUGGAGAUGGAUGAUACGAAUCGAAGAAUACACACUGGAUGGAAAUGUUAGGAGUUUGGAAAAUACAGGAAACUUCAAUUUUAACAAUUAUUAAAAUUCACAUGGGCUGUG